AUGUCUUAUCCACUUCCAAAGAAGUAUUAUCUUCUCGUGCAUGAUGCCAUUCGUAAAGUGCUUGGCACAGAGGCGGAAAUCUCCGCAUUUGUUAAAGCGAAAAAACUUUUUCAGUGCGAUAUGCUCGUCAACGCCACCGCCACAGAUCCUGAUUUGGCAGAGAAAUCAAACCAAACAAACAAUAAGAAUAAUAAUAAUAAUAUCAAUAACAAUAAUAGAAAGAGGAACAAGAACAAUAAUGAGAGUGCGUAUGUGCGGGAGUUUGCGGUUGGACUUCAACGAUAUUUAGGCAGUUGUGAUGUUGUGGUUCGCCGCCGAAGACUUGAUGUUGUAUUUCUAGACCGUGAAGUACUGCAGAUUGCGCUUGGAGCCCCACGACGGGCAAUCAACAAUUUACAAUCCGCAGAAGAAAUCAAUAAUGAACCCGCAUGGGUGAAACGUAAUCGUCUUCGUAUCUCACUUGGCUUUGAUGAGGAACUUUUUACCAAUGCCUGUGAUUUCAAAAUCAACGUUGCCGCACGUAUGAUGGAGAAAUGGGCCUUCGAUGCUCAAGUUAUGAAGGGGGAUAGUAAUAUAUUCCACACAGAGGGAAAUAUACAACAACAACAACAACAACAACAACAGGAAGAGGAAGAACUAAAUCAAUUACGUGAAGAGUUACCACCAGUAACGUACUGGCAGGCACACGGAUAUGUGUUAACACGUGAAUAUCAUGUGGAACAUCAUGUUGCUCUACUAGGGACUAUAUCACAGAACUUUGCCAAGUAUUAUGGUGAAUUUCCCUUUGAUAAUCCAUAUUGCCCUGGUGAAGACCUUAAUACUCUCGCAUCUGUACAGACACUCUGCAAGGCAUGGAAACAGUUACCAUUAGAGGAUUGGAAAAGUGAAUAUGAACUGCAACUCGGCAUGGGACCUCCGUUAGGGUCGUAG